AUGCUCCCCAUAAGGGUGGAGGACGACAACCUGAUGGCCCUGGUGGACACUGGCGCCACCUACUCUACCAUCAAUACAAAGAUACGCCCUGUCCUGCUCUCUGAGGAGCACAUCACCCUGGUUGGAUUUUCUGGGACACCUGAGGUGCCUGCAGAAGUUUGGUCCCAAGGUCCCACGGACGUGGGGUUGUGCACCUCGUUCCCUCCUGUGUCUUUACAGAUGAAGCCAGGAGGCCCGAUUCGCAUAAAGCAGUAUGCCGCCAAACCAGACGCUGUCGAGGUAAACAGCGGUGUUUUAACUGACAAACCAUCAGCGCAGGCGGCAGAACUAGAGGCUCUCUGCGCCGCCUUGGAGUUUGCUAAAGGUAAAUCUGUAAAUAUUUACUCCGACUCUGCGUAUGCUACUCAGGCUGUCCAUUUCAACCUCUCCGAGUGGAAAAGAAACGGCUUCUUGACUGCUAAAGGCCGACCCAUCACACAUAGAGCCCUGGUGGAGAGGCUGGACAGCGCUCUCCAGCUUCCAAAACAGGUAAGCGUCAUCAAGUGCCAAGGGCACUCCAAGUCAGACAACUUUGAGGCCAGGGGAAACGAGGCGGCGGAUGAGGCCGCAAAGAAAGCUGCCAACUACAAGGUCAGUACUCCAGGAGUGUUUGUGGUACGGGACGAGGGGCCAGACCUGGCAGACUGCCUGCCCGAUCUGUCCCUUCAGGUUUUAGCUGAAGCCCAAACAAAAGCAGCUCCUGAAGAAAUAUCCAUGUGGGUUCAAAAACGGGCAAAGAAGGAUCCAGAUACUGGCAUCUGGUACGGCCCUGAUGGCCGCCCCGCCCUGCCCAUGGGGGACCUCUCACGAGCGGCUUUAUCUGAGGCACAUGGGCUAGCCCAUGUGGGUCAGAGUCCUCGCCCUCUCCUCGCCCUCUCCCUCUCCUCGCCCUCUCCCUCGCUCUCUCCCCGCUCUCUCCCCGCCCUCUCCUCGCUCUCCCCCCGCCCUCUCCCCGCCCUCUCCUCGCUCUCUCCCCGCCCUCUCCCCGCCCUCUCCCCGCCUCUCUCCUCGCUCUCUCCCCGCCCUCUCCUCGCCUCUCCUCGCUCUCUCCCGCUCUCUCCUCGCCCUCUCCUCGCUCUCUCCUCGCCUCUCUCCCCGCCCUCUCCUCGCCCUCUCCUCGCUCUCCUCGCCCUCUCCUCCCCGCCCUCUCCUCGCCCUCUCCUCGCCCUCUCCUCCUCGCCCUCUCCUCCGCCCUCUCCUCGCCCUCUCUCGCCGCUCUCUCCCCGCUCGCUCUCUCCCGCGCCCUCCCCGCCCUCUCCCGCCCUCUCCUCGCCCUCUCCUCGCCCUCUCCUCGCCCUCUCCUCGCCCUCUCCUCGCUCUCUCCCCGCUCUCUCCCCGCUCUCUCCCCGCUCUCUCCCCGCUCUCUCCCCGCUCUCUCCCCGCCCUCUCCUCGCCCUCUCCUCGCCCUCUCCCCGCUCUCUCCUCGCCCUCUCCUCGCCCUCUCCCCGCUCUCUCCUCGCCCUCUCCUCGCCCUCUCCCCGCCCUCUCCUCGCCCUCUCCUCGCCCUCUCCUCGCCCUCUCCUCGCCCUCUCCCCGCCCUCUCCCCGCUCUCUCCCCGCUCUCUCCCCGGUCCCCUGCUCGCUCUCUCCCCGCUCUCUCCUCGCUCUCUCCUCGCUCUCUCCCCGGUCCCCUGCUCGCUCUCUGGUCCCCCGCUCACUGGUCUCCCUCUGA